UAAAAAACAGUAAAGAACGCUAAUAAAACGGUAAAAAACGGUUAAAACAACGGUAAAGAAACGGUAAAGAAACGGUAAGGAAACGGUAAAAAAAAACGGUAUAGAAUAGUAAAGAAACCGUAAAUUGAGAUUCUCAUUGCAAUCUUAAGUAUCACAAUGCAACAUUUUUUUAUGCUGAUACAUCAAUGUGUGGACGCGGUCGACUGCAAGACGCCGUCAGACUGCAUAUGCGACAACGAAAAUACGUACGACAUAUGAUAUUGGUAUUAAGGAGCACGUUAGGCUGUGCUGAUCUUGCACAUUUGAUAGAGCAACCCUCUCCAAACGAGAUAUGUUUGUUCGAAAGAGAUAGUGAUGGACCAUAUAAAAGUCAUCCAGCAGUCCGACAAAUAGUCCAGGAUUGAAUCCUAAGAGACAAACAAGUUAAAAUAAUGUUCUAUACGGUAAAAUUCCAGAGACCUCCAUUUGAGGAGGAGGAGUUGAUACCAAACCACCCACCAAUGUUCGAGGAAGAUAAUAUUGCGGAGAUUGAUGAAGAGCAGGAGGAGAUGGAGGAGGAGGAUGAAAAUGAGGAACAGUCGACCGAUAAUGGUAAGAGAGAAUACAACAUUUAUUAUAAUAAUAACUCUACAUUAAAAUUUUCAUUUUUGUAUUCAAAUUUUAUUUCAGAAGAAUAUAACAUUGAUUUAGUAAAUAUAAGUAGUGGAGAAGAGGAUGAUAUGGAUACCGUGGAAAGGGAGAAGGAGGAGGAGGAGGUGGAGAAGGAGAUGGAGGACCAAGAGGUAAGAGAGAGAACACAAUUAUUAUAAUAUUAACUUUACAUAAAAAUUUUCAAUUUUUCUGUAUUCAAAUUUUAUUUCAGAAGGCUAUAACAUGGAAUUGAUGAACAUAAGUAGUGGAGAGGAGGAUAAGAUGGAGACCGACGAAAGGGAAGGGGUAGAGGAUGAGGAGGAGGAGGGGAUAAAAUCAUUAUAAUAUAAAAUAGCUAUUACUUCUUAA